AUUCAUAGCUAUUUGAUGAGUUGCUGCUUCCUCUACAACCAAAAUAACCGCCACGCGCGAUGUAGAGCACUGGACUCCACAGCUGCGUGGGCGGGGCUAGGGGCGGAGUUUCCAGGCCUGAUCACUACCCAUAAUCCACCGCGGUCCUCCACAUUUGGAUCUGCUUCCCUUCGAGUGUCAAAUCCAAGAAUGGCACUUCACCGGUUAUUCCAGCUGUCCACGGUGUGGCGCUCUGCUGUGAGUCUGACAUUUCGCAGGAACAUCGGCAUCUCUGCCGUCCUCUUCCAGAAGGCCAAAGAGCUCGACCCUGUCCAGAAACUGUUCCUGGACAAGAUCCGGGAGUACAAUUCCAAGAGCAAGACUUCAGGUAGCGUUGUGGAUGCAGGACCUGCUUACCAAAAGAACCUGUCUGAUGAGAUGUCAAAGCUACAGAGACUAUACGGUGGCGGAGACCUCAACAAGUUCCCUGACUUCAAAUUCACAGAGCCCAAGUUUGAAGAAGUGGCCAAGUGAAUACUGUCCAUGUUGAUCUACAUGUCACCAGUAUGUGUAUUUAAUAAAAACAUGUUAGACUGUG